GCCGGUCGGCGCCGCUCUGUUGCGUAGCGAGUAUAUAGGUCAAUCAGGUCGUUCGUUGUGCAUGUGACCGUCUCAGCAGUGUAGCUAGCUGUGAGCGUUGCUUUUGUUUGCGAGUUUUCUCUCUCUUUGCCGAUUGUCUGCAAUUCUGUGGCUGGAACCGGGCUCUGUGAAGUAGGUGUACGCGAUCUCUAGCAGCGGAAUUCUUGUCGCUGUAAGAAGAUGACGACACACGAGAGAGGAGAAAAACCGGUGGGUAUUGGACGCUUCAUUGCAUUCGACCACCUCACCUUCUGGGUCGGGAAUGCCAAGCAGGCUGCCUACUACUACUGUGCCGUCAUGGGGUUCAGACCCAUGGCCUACAAAGGCUUGGAGACCGGCGAGAGAAAGGUAGUCUCUCAUGCCGUCAGACAGAAUGAUGUGAUCUUUGUGUUCCAGUCGGCUCUGUUCCCCGGGAACGAGGAGAUGGGUGCCCACCUCACUGCUCACGGUGAUGGAGUAAAGGACAUUGCAUUCAGUGUAGAAGACUGCAGGGCUCUCUACAGGAGAGCAGUGGAGAACGGAGCAAAGGGAGUGAAGGAGCCCUGGGAGGAGAAAGAUGAACAUGGCUCUGUCGUCAUGGCUACAGUCCAGACAGUAAGACACCACUCCCCCACUAUUUUCGCAAUCAAAUAUUUGCACUGCACCCUCCACUGUCUGUCAAUCCAUGCAGUACACUUGCUUGGGCUCGCCUUCCCCUCGCUUGCUUAACAAUUUUAAGCUUUCCUAUUUUUCAUAAUACACACCAUUUUUA